UUAGAAAAUAGACACUGUCCACAUAACGUGCAAAGCUGUAGCUUACAAACCACUUGCCUUUGGGAGUAAUACAUAUUUAGAGUAACGGUAAAACUUUGAUCAUAUCACUCCAGGACGUCUAGUGUGGCACAUUAAUAGAUCGAGCACCUUUAAUGUAAUUUCUUCACUCUGCCUGUCCUCCAGUCUGAUCUUCCAGUUUCUAGGAUUUCCAAUUUUAACACGAAAUAUGCUGAACGAAGAAUCUUUGACAGAAGGACGAGUUUGUGAACCCAAAGUUUGGGAUGGAUUCGACUGGUACUGGUUCCAUUCCGUCCCCACGUGGUACUUCCCCUUAUGGAGUAAACUUGACCUCUACAGGACCACUUCAGCCUUGAGACAUUGUCCCGUCAGCUCCCUUAGUGAAUCUGAUAUGCUAAACGCGAACGUCAUCUGGGACGCGAAAACUUCAAAAUUAUCCGGAUAUGGGGGGCAGGAGGUCGACUCCGCUCUCGAACUUGAUGAUGAAAGGAAAAUAGUGUUUGGCGGACGCCGCCAUUCGUUCAUGUUUUCCGACAACAAGAGCUACAUUGUCGGUGUGACGACGUGGACGUCUGACUUGCAGCAAUCUUGGGUUUUGUGGACAACGGGGAGGGAACUAACGCCAGAAAUUAAAGCCACGGCUUUGGAACAUGUUAAGCAAUUAGGAUUCGACCCAAAAUUUGCUAUUCAAUCAUAAAUCGUUUAAAUACAUGAUAGAUAUUGCCGUUGAUGUGAAGUUAUCCUUUCUUAAGUUCUAUGGGGUCAUACCAGAGCUGGGUAAUUAAUCCAUUUUGGAUGAAGAUAAAUUAAUCCCAACGUUAAUCCUUAAUCCAUAGUUGGAUUAAUCACAUGACCGGAUUAAUGGAUUAAGGAUUAAUUUGCCUAGUCGAAUUUUUAGGAUCAAGGAUUAAGAUUAAAUUGGGAAAUUUUGGGAUUAAAGAUUAGGGAUUAUUAAUCCGUAAUCCGAUUAUUCCCAGCUCUGGAUCAUACAAAUUUAUAAACAUAAAUAAUCCAUUCUCAUUUCUCAAAGUUGUCAUGAAUACACCAAAUACACAUUAUGCCUUUUAACUACACCCCAUCAACUAAAGGAUAGAAAUCAACAAAAAAUCCAAUUAUUUCGGCGUGAAUUUAUCCACACACAAAUUGAAAGGGUCAACUGAUAGAUCCAUUAAGGUAUUUACUUGUGCACUGAAUUACUCAUGCAUAUCCACCAAAUAUUCCUCACUAUACACCCCGAGUAAUGAGAUGUUAAAUGUCAACGAGAUUAAUUUAUUUUGCAUGUAAAUAUGCAAGCAAAAAGUACGUAGAAACCGAGCCGCUCGCCAUUUUUUGCCACUACCUUAUCUCCUUGGACAUGACCAUUCGCCGCGGAAUCAUGUGGACAGCCAUCUUAAAUGUUGUCACAUAGAUCGGACACUCUGUCAUGAUUAAAACCCUUUGAAAAUAUAAAUUUAAAAAAUACAUACCCCAUGGUUUCUCUGAUGGUGGUGAUGGUGGUGGUGGACGUGUAGAUGUUGAAGGAGAAUUAGAACAAUCUUCAGCGUUGAAAAUUAUUUCAAAAAAAUCAAAUUUUGGGAUUUUAUGUUUGUCGAAACAAAUGCCGGUAUUAUUGACCAAUAUUCCAUAGACGUGUUCGGGUAAUUUUAGGCAAUUAAUGCAAUCCAUUGUUCUUAAAUCAAUAAAUUAUUGAUAAAGAGGAGAAGGAUGCAAUUUAACCAAAGUGAAAAAUUAUGCUUUGUGUUAAUAAAUGCGAGUCUUAAGCUGACUCACUAAAAUUAAAUACUCGUGUCAGUUUAAUUUUAUCUUCUUACAUUAUGUAUAUGUACGUGUGUGCAUGAGUAAGAUGUUUGAGUUAGAUGAGACUAACUAACUGAAUAAUAAUAAUAAUAAUGGGCAUAUUGGAAUCUUGCAAUUCAGCUAAGAAUUUAAGAUGAAGUUUGAAAAUGUUCUUAGUAAAAUGUUAAUCAUCAAUCAUAGUUUGAACACAUUUCACUUCAUUUUAGUUCGAUUUAUUCAAAAUGAAAAUUUUAAUUUUAUUUUGUGUUGGAUUUUUAAACGGAUUUUGCAUGGAAAAACCAUGCAGGUUAUGUAUUUCGCAGAAGGGUUGUGCAUUCAUAAUUCAGGAUGAGGUUGGAAAAUGUGUGGAGCGUAAGGAAAUAAUAAAAAUUCGGUUUUCUUCUUUAAUUCGGAAAAUUGAAAUGUGCCCAGAAAAAGAUACUUUUUCUGAUUUGAAAGUUGAUAAAAUAGCAACAAGACCAGCUUUGAAGAAAUUAGAAGAAAUUACUUUUACUAAUUUAAAAGUUGAUGAAGCAACAACGACACGAGCUUCUAGGACAUUAGACGAAGUUUCUUUCCCUGACUUAGAAGUUGAUGCAACGUCAACAACAACACCAGUUUUUGCGAGCUUAGAUUCUUCGCGAAAAUUAAAUUCUGAGCAGAGUUCAGCUGAAAAUUUAUCUCCUCAAACGUCAGAAACGAGUCUCGUUGAGCAAAUUACUUUCUCUACUCCAGAACUCGAUGAGUCAACAUCAAGAAAAUUAGGGCAUGAGGAGUUGACAAUGAUAAAUUCAGACGAAAAAUCUAAUUAUACGCAAAGUCUAGGGAGCAUUUUUGAGCCGUUGGAUUGAUUAACAAAACUGAAAUUAUCCGUCACAUUAAUGACGGUGAUGUCCGUGAUCAUCAUGUCCAUGCAGGAAAUAAUGAACUUUCUCUUGCAUCAGUGUCUAACUCUGAUCAACCAAAAAUGGCAUGCGAUUGUGAAAAGAGAGAGAAGAGGAAGAAUUGGAUUCCAUCCCUCCCAAAGCGACUGUCACGUUUUGUCAAGGAAAAAUUAAUUUCCAAUUUUACAUGCCCAGUGCACAGAGAAUCAAUUCGUGAAAAAAUUGAGCGCAGUUAUUGUCGUGCAGCCGAUUUAGAACUACAGCUACCUGCAUUAGAAUUUGGUGGGUUUAAAAACCCGAUGCGAAAUAAUGAUGAAUAUUGUUUUGUUUUACAGUUUAGAUAUAGAAAUUGUGCUUGAAUUUUUUAUUUCCUUUACUACAUGCACAUACAUAUAUCAUUUCAAUUUAUUUAGUUUGCUACAUACAUAUAUUAUUAUAAUAAUGAUUACAGAAUUCGUUAAUCAUAAUUGUUUAAUUGAAUUUUAUUAACUUCAAAUCUAAAAUUAAUAACAUAGUUUUGUUUAUUUAUUUUUUGAUGGAAUAAAAUUAGGAUUCCUCCAACAUUGUUUGUGCGAAAACUUUUUAGUAUUCUAUUGUUUACUGAAAAUAAAAAUAAGUAAAUAAAAAUCUAACAAUUUAACAUGUCCAGUGAAUCUGUGCACUUUUUAUAUGAUGCAUUGAUUUUUGCUUGUACCAACAAAAGCUCUCCAUGCUCUUUCCCCAUCAUGUUUACUAUUUUGGUUAGCCUGGUUGUUCUCUCUUUUCAUCUUCAGAUAAUUCUGGAUUUUCUAUGAUUUGCAUGGCUCUAGUGUUUAAUUGUUCUUUCAAAUGAGAAAUCUCUUUAUCCUUUUCUUUAAUUUUUUCCAAAAAUUCUUUUUUGAUCAUUUGUAUUGACAAUGUGCUAGC